GGCGGGGCGCAGAGGUGCCUUCGCUGCUGCCACCGCCGGGAGCCAGUCGGGAGUGUAUCAGGCUGUGGAAAACCGAGGUCCCCAGCUAAGAGCGUUUACCUGCAAGCUACGGCCCGGCAGCCACCAUGGCAUUCCUACUGUGCUUCAUGCUCCUGUGCGGGGUCGCGGAGUUCACCAGCGGUUUGAGCAUCACUACUCCUGAUGAACAGAAGAUCGAGAAAGCUAAAGGGGAAACUGCGUAUCUACCAUGCAAGUUUACCCUUAGUCCCGAAGACCAGGGACCACUGGACAUUGAAUGGCUGAUAUCCCCAUCUGAUAACCAGAAAGUGGAUCAAGUGAUUAUUUUGUAUUCUGGAGACAAAAUUUAUGAUAACUACUAUCCGGAUCUGAAAGGACGAGUACAUUUUACAAGUAAUGAUGUCAAGUCUGGUGAUGCGUCUAUAAACGUGACAAACCUGCAGUUAUCUGAUAUUGGCAUCUAUCAGUGCAAGGUGAAGAAAGCUCCUGGGGUCGCAAACAAGAAAGUUGUGCUGACAGUUCUUGUUAAGCCUUCAGGUACAAGAUGUUUUGUGGAUGGAUCGGAAGAGAUUGGAAAUGACUUCAAACUAAAAUGUGAACCAAAAGAAGGUUCCCUUCCCUUGCAGUAUGAAUGGCAGAAACUGUCAGACACCCAGAUAAUGCCUACGCCGUGGCUAGCAGAGAUGACUUCACCUGUUAUAUCUGUGAAAAAUGCCAGCUCGGAGUACUCCGGAACAUACAGUUGCACAGUCCAAAACAGAGUGGGCUCUGAUCAGUGCAUGCUACGGCUAGACGUUGUCCCUCCUUCCAACAGAGCCGGGACGAUUGCGGGAGCCAUCAUAGGAACGCUGCUUGCUCUCGUGCUCAUCGGGGCCAUCCUCUUUUGCUGUCAUAGAAAACGCAGAGAAGAGAAGUAUGAAAAGGAAGUUCAUCACGAUAUCAGGGAAGAUGUGCCUCCUCCAAAGAGUCGGACCUCCACUGCCAGGAGCUACAUUGGCAGUAACCACUCCUCCCUGGGAUCCAUGUCCCCUUCCAACAUGGAAGGGUAUUCCAAGACUCAGUAUAAUCAAGUCCCCAGCGAAGACUUCGAACGUGCUCCUCAGAGUCCAACUCUGGCACCUGCUAAGGUAGCUGCCCCUAAUCUAAGUCGAAUGGGAGCGGUUCCUGUGAUGAUCCCAGCACAGAGCAAGGACGGGUCUAUAGUGUAAAGCUCUGUACCUCUCUUUUCUGCUUUCCAUGGUUCAUUUCUUCUCUCAACACAGCAAAAUUUAUUUUAUUCUGAAUGUUUUAACAGCAGCCCCAACAUACAUACGAAGAAGUUAAUAAGAAACUAUAAGAAACAUGCCCCACAGAUCUUUUUGGUUCUAGUGAAACAAUGAAGGCUUAAUAGUAAUGGCAUUGACCAUCUGGGGAAGAUGGGUUUUCUUAACAAGUUGAUUUUAGGGGCAUCUAAAUAAUGCUUAAAAAAUAUGGCACUUUAAUAUGAUGUCAUAGGUGAAGAAAUUGUGAAUUUACGUACAUACCAAGUUGACACUUGAAUCAUCUGAAAACGAUACUUUGUAAUUCCUACCAUUAUUUUUAGGGUUCUGUCUCAUUUAUUUAUGAACAACGUUUUUGAACAUUUGUGAACAGUAUCUCUCAAGUUUAAGAAACAUCCAUGGAAAAAGUACUUAAUGUAUGAAUUUGUUUUAUAGCCUCAGUAUUCUAAGUGUAUUUGGGAUUGUCUCUAAGAUUAGGAGACGCUAGAGUUUUAGAAAUGACUAGUUUCAUUUCCAAGUCAUUUAUAAACAUCAUCUCUAAAAUGAUUUCUUUCUUUUCU